AUGGGCGAAGAUAAUCAUCAUACAUAGAAUGAAGCAGAUAUUGAAAUACAUAACAAGGAAUAGAAUCAAGCUAUUAUCAAUGAUCAUAGCAAUAAUAAAAAUAAUAUCUAAGAAAAUAAUAGCACUCCUUCAAAAAAAAUAACUGAAUAAAACUAAAGCCUGAAAAUUUCAAUAGAAAAUUUUGAUCCUAGCUCAAAAAAAUAAAAUUUUAUUAAUUCUCCUCGUACUCUUAAAGCUUGUGAAGCAAAUGGGAUUAAAGUUACUGAUCUAUUUUAGAAAACAAGAGAAGACAUACAAAAGCUUUUCAAAGGAAAGGCAAAUCUGACUGAAGAAGCUAUAAUACAGUUUUAGAAUACUAUAGAAUUAAAGAGACUAUAAAAAGUUGAUGUUGUAAUCAAAGCAAGGUAGCAGCUAAUAAAUCAAGAGUAAAAAUAGUCAAAGAUGCUUUAGUUUAAUCAUUCUGAAGUUUAUAUAAGAAAAAAUAACAGUGAUUUUUUUACAUCCACAGGCUUUAAAAACUGGAAGCAUUAAAAAAGUGAUUUCGAUAGUCCAGCUAAAACUUAGAGUACUCAGAAAUCAUAAGAUUAAAACAAUCUUUCAGAUAAUAAAUUUAACCACAAGGAAGGAUCAAACAGAAGUUUAGAUUCCUGCUAAAAUUUUAACAGCCAAUAACAUGGUUACAGUAUGUAGCACUAACUUUAAAAGAUGAGAGAAAAAAGCGAGAAGAAUAUCUCAAAAACAUAAGAGAGAUAGAAAAAAGAUAUACUUUCGAGGAUAUUAACUGAAGUAGAAAUAAGGAACAUGAAAAGAAUGAAUGAAGUUAAAAAAUAAAAAUUAGAAGAAAAUUUGUUAUAGUAGAAGCAGUAUCUAGAAUAAAAAAAAUAAGAAUAUCAAGAAAAUAGAGAAAAGAAAGAGCAAUAUAGAAAAUUAAAAGAAUAAGAGCAUGAAGAAAAAUUAUUAGCUGAAUUAAAUUAAAAAGAACGGAUCGAAUAUAGGAGAUAAUAGUUAGAAAAAGAAAAAAAGAGUCAGUAAGCUUAAGAAUCACAUAAAAGGGAAGAGUAAAGAAAAAAAAAUCACGAAAAGGCUUUACUUCAAAUUUAAGAGUAAAAUGAAAAGCACUAAUAUGAAACACUUAUGAAACUAUAAUAUGAGUAGUAAAAAGAAUAAUAAAUAAAAAUGAAGCAAGCAUAAGAAAAUGAAAAAAGAAAAGAAAUUAGUCAAUAAAAAGUUGAACUUUAAAAGAAAAGACUUCAAAAGAAUGAAUUACUCCAUAUGCAAGAAAUGGAAAAGAGAGAAGAAGAAUAUAGAAGAAAGUAGUAGGAAUAGGAAAUUAAAAAAAUAGAAUUAGAAUAACUUAGAAAAAAUAUUUUUGAGCUUUAAAAAAAAUAAGCAGAAGAAAAAUAAAUUCAAAUACAGAAGAAAAAUAAAGAAAUGCAAGAAUAAAUUGAAAAAAGAAACUAUGAAAUUUACUAAAAAUUAUAUCACCACGAGUAGUUAUACCAAAAUAUGCAAAGAGAGAAAGUGAUAAAUGUAAUUGAAAAGGGUAAAAGAUAAAAAGAUAAAGAAUAAGAAAUACUUUAGAAAAAGCAACAAAAUGAUCAAGAGCAAUAUGAAAAAUUCCAUUAGAUAUUUUUAGAAAACGAAGAAAUGAUUGAGAAAACCAAUUAAAAAAAGGAGGAAUUAUUAAAAAAUAAAGUAUAAAGAAACUAAAGUGCUCAGUUCAUAAAGAGAUUCCAAGUUAAUGACAACAGAACUAGACUUGAUUAGAUGCACUAUUAUAAAAACAUUCAAUUACAGAAUAGAUUGCUUCAUCAUAGCCAACGUGUUUAAGACCAUGAAAUUGAGAAAAUGAUAUUCAGACAAUAAAUUUAACAAAUAGAAAGAUAAAAUGAAAAAUAAAAGUAAGAAAUAAAAGAAAAAAUGGAAAAGAAAUUUCACAGGGCUUAAGAUAUAAAUAUUAAUUAAAUUGUACAUGAAUUUAACCUAGAUAUUAGUAAAUUAAUUUUUAUUUUAAUUGUUUUUAUAUAUUUAUUUGGUAUAAAUAAAGAUUUACCUCCUGAGGUUUUUGACGAGGAUUAUGGAACCGGUAAAAGAAGUCAUAAAAUGUCUUUAUCACAAACAAGCAACUUCUAUCAACCUUAAAGCAAAUCUAGUCUCUCAAGAUAAACUACUUCCCAUGCUAAUCAUAGAAAAUUAAUUCCUACCUAAAAAAUCUACAGUUAAACUCCUUAAGGUCGUUUAAAUACAUAAUUUAAAUCAUAAGAUAACACAACCAAAGCUAAAGAAGAUUAAGAUAAAAUUAAUAAUUUUAUUUAAAAAUCUGAAGCAUAAAUGGAAAAUGAGAAUAUUCAUCAAAAAGAUGAACACUAAAACUAAAAUCAUGAAGGGAAUAAUUAAUAAGAAAAUGUAAAUCAUAACAUUCAAUCUUAACCUAGUGUUAAUCAAGAAAAUAUGUUUAUAACUUAACAGAAUUGA